AAUCUACGCGCCAUGAGCUAUCGUUUGUAUUUCACAACAUGUAUCUUUAUGUAUUGUAUCUUAAGGAUAGAGCCCAAAGUGGCUUAUGACAAGGGGAGCAAUAGUUCAUCCAAAAGUGAUAUUGCAAAAGCUUCGGUCAAUGAUAUCGAUGAACCACUUGAGAACCCCAGAAUCUCAAAAUAUCCUUUUAUGGUUUCCAUUGAGAGAAAUGAUUAUAAAAAAUAUACACAUCUUUGUGGUGGUGCAAUCCUUAACGAACAUUUCGUGAUAACUGCAGCCCACUGCAUGCUGAAACCGAGACAACUUUAUGCUAAAGACAUUUCUGUUCUUGCCGGUUCAUCUCUUUUGUUCGAUAAGAAUGCAACACGAUUUUUCGUAAAAGCCACGAAACGACAUCCCCAAUUUGUUCCAUUCAGGGGAAAUGAUAUCCUGCUUCUUUUAAUGGAACGUGAAAUACCUAUUGAUAAUAUUCAAUUUGGAAAUAUCGAUUUUCGAGAUACCACUAGAAAAAGCGGAGAAAUCCCCGCACAUCUACUCGGCUGGGGACAGACGCAAUUAAAUCAGACAAAGGAACUUGAAGAAGUCCCAUUUAAAACAAUUCAAGAUAAAGACUGCUUUCUCAACUAUCGCUUUAAAUAUUUAACUAAUUCGGAAGUCUGCGCGAUGAAUACAAAAGGACCUCGUGGAGCAUGUGAUGGGGAUUCUGGAGGACCUCUUGUCGAUGAGACUCAUCAAAAGCUUAUUGGGCUGCUGACUUAUGGCAGAAAGCCCUGCCAGAUUGACAAGCCAUAUGCAUUUACCCGGAUUAGCCUCUUCGUCAAGUGGAUUGAACAAGAAAUGGCAAAUAUGCUUAAACUGAAGGCGAAGGCCAUUAAAUAGAGCACUCAGGUAUCAAAUAUAAAAUGUGACUUCAUUUAUUCAGAAUAAUUCCCACUUGGCGCUCUGAAAUGUUUUAAAAUGUAAAUAAGAGAAGUCACUUAAAAAAUUCUACCGCCCACAUUUGUCAGUUAGAGUGGAGGAAGACGAGAUGAUAAUGUGUUAAUGUUCUCUCUGGAACGUUUUUAGAAUUCAUGUCAGUUUCAUAAGAUAACAAUUCACGCGCAAUUGUCAUUCACAGUGAUUUCUGGGUAAGGACCCCAGAGAUACCCCAAUUCCGUAGUGUAAAAAAUAACACAAAUGACAGCUACGUGAUUUUAUUCAACAGUUUCCCCACUUCUUUUGUUAGGUUUUUAUAUGUCGUAGUUUGUUUCUUUCUCUCCAUCGGUUAGAAAAUAUCUUGAAUUUUGAUUGCAAGUGGAAAGUAAACUAUAUCAAUACACUAUCAGUAGUAAUCAGUAAUCAUUUUAAGAGUAUAUACUUAGAUAUGACUGCAACAACACUCUUGAAAAAUAUUUUUAAAACCAUUAAAAAUUUACAUAUAUAAAAUAUAAAUAUUUAAUCAAGUUGGGACAGCUGCAUUUGUGGAACUGUGUUGACUUUAUGUGGUAAAGUUCAAGGUCUGCUCCAUCGAUAUGAGCACAGGCUUUAAGCGACUUAAUCGAGUGUGUAGUUCAAUUUAAUACACUCAGAGAUGCAGACGUUCUUUUUUCGACACUUGGCGAUUAUUUCGAUAUGUUGCCUCUGCUCAAUUCACGCUUACUCACUUUGGGACUCUGUGAAUGAACAGGAGACUUGUCCAGCCUUUGCCCAACGGAGGGAAGUAUUAAGACCACAUCAUAGCACAAAUCAUAAUGUCCAACAUAAUGCUGAGCAUCAGCAUAAGCCCGGUAGACUGUUCAAGCCUGUUCAGUGGCUCAUGCGCAUCAUUCAAAUAACGACUAUAUCGAGAAACGAACCCAAGUGUCAUAUUCAAAACCCUAAACCGGCGCAAAGACAAGUACUAAUACCUAAUAAAAGGCUGCGCAAAUUACCAAACUCCAAAGAUGUCAAGAGAAAUGCUAAGAUGCUGUACAUAUUGGAUAACAGACCAGUUCUUGAAAGGCAUCCCAAUUAUUUUUUAAUGUAAUAUUUGCAUUUAUUUCUUAGUUUUAAGAACCACAAUUAAGGAAACUUGAGCAAACACAUGUGACUAUUGUAGGCAAUAAAUUAAAAGUGUUUUGUUCCAGCUAAGGAUUAAAUAUAA